CCCUUGAUUGACAUAUUCUCCUGUUGCUGCAACAUCUGUGGUUCCGUCUCCUCUAAGAGUUUCUUCUGCAAUGUGGUAAGCUCGAAAGAUGUGAGGAUACUGCUCCUGGAGUCUCCGCUGGCGGUGACGCUGUUCAGAGACACCCUCGCGAAAGUCAUGUUCAGACACUUCGAGGUUGGCUCUAUACUGUUUCUGCCGAGCCACUUGGCGACGAUCAGCACCCUCGCUGUCGACACUGCCCUGGUGCUGGAUGUUGGAUACCGGGAGGCGACUCUGAUCCCGAUCUUCAAGGGGAUACCGGUGCUCAAGGCCUGGCAAGCGUUGCCUCUGGGUGGACAAACUGUCCACGAGAACUUGGGAAAGUACUUUCGCGACGCGGCAAGCAGCCUGGACUUGUCCGAGAAGAUGCUGGAGGACAUCAAGGUGAGAAUGUGUUUCGUAACCACGCUAGAGAGAGCCGCGAAGCUAGGGACCGAGGCCGCUCCGACUCCGCCGCCCGACGUCACGUAUCCCGGUGUCAGGAGGCUCUUGAUACCCGGCGAGAUCAGGGAAAAGGCUUUCGAGGUACUGUGGGAGAGGGACAACGAUAAUCUCUCGCUGCCCACUAUGAUACUCGACGCUAUCGUUAAGGUAAAGCCCGGUCUCUACCGUAACUUUUUGUUACACCGUGCACAACCGUAACAUUUCCAUUGCAAU